AAUACCAGGGGGCUAGCGCGUGUACCCGCGGAGACUGCGCCGACCUUCUCGCCCGUGGCCUGCGGAACUCAUUUCGAACGUAGAGGUUUCAGCCGGUAGCGUUUAAGAACAGUUUCAUUUCUGGUACCACCAGAAGCAAGUUGAACAUGGCGACUUCCGCCCUGAACGAACCUAGGAAAGCGGCUGGAAAAAGGGUAUUUCGUACACAGAAGCCAAAGCCGGAGAACCAAGAUGAAUCAGAACUUCUCACUGUUCCUGAUGGAUGGAAGGAACCAGCUUUUUCCAAAGAGGACAAUCCCAGAGGACUCUUGGAGGAGAGCAGUUUUGCAACUUUGUUCCCAAAGUAUAGAGAGGCCUACUUGAAAGAGUGUUGGCCACUGGUGCAGAAAGCCUUGAAUGAACAUCACAUUAAUGCAACCCUGGACUUGAUUGAGGGCAGCAUGACUGUCUGUACUACAAAGAAGACCUUUGAUCCAUAUAUCAUCAUUAGGGCCCGAGAUCUAAUAAAACUGUUAGCAAGGAGCGUUUCAUUUGAACAGGCAGUACGAAUUCUUCAGGAUGAUAUUGCAUGUGACAUUAUUAAAAUAGGUUCUUUAGUAAGAAAUAAAGAAAGAUUUGUCAAAAGAAGACAACGGCUCAUUGGUCCCAAAGGAUCUACUUUGAAGGCUUUGGAACUCUUAACAAACUGUUAUAUUAUGGUUCAGGGAAAUACAGUUUCAGCCCUUGGACCCUUUAGUGGUUUAAAAGAGGUGCGAAAAGUAGUCCUAGAUACUAUGAAGAAUAUUCAUCCAAUUUAUAACAUCAAAACCUUAAUGAUUAAAAGAGAAUUGGCAAAAGAUUCUGAAUUACGAUCACAAAGUUGGGAAAGAUUUUUGCCACAGUUCAAACACAAAAAUGUGAAUAAACGCAAGGAACCAAAGAAGAAAAGUGUUAAGAAAGAAUAUACACCAUUCCCACCGCCCCAGCCAGAAAGUCAGAUUGAUAAAGAAUUGGCUAGUGGUGAAUACUUCUUGAAGGCGCAUCAGAAGAAGCGACAGAAAAUGGAAGCAAUAAAGGCUAAACAAGCAGAAGCUCUCAGUAAGAGACAAGAGGAAAGAAACAAAGCUUUUAUUCCACCUAAAGAAAAACCAGUUGUGAAACCGAAGGAAGCUUCUACUGAAACUAAAAUUGAUGUGGCCACCAUUAAGGAAAAGGUUAAGAAAGCAAAGAACAAGAAACUGGGAGCCCUUACAGCUGAAGAAGUUAAGCUUAAGAUGGAAGCAGAUGAGAAGAAGAAGAAGAAAAAGUAACCCACAGAACCCUUCACUACAACUUAAGACGCUGCCUCCUUUUGUAAAGGAUUUUGAGAUACUAGGGCAUUAGUUGCCUUAUCUGGGAGAAAGAAGAAUCUGAACACUUUUUUUCCUGAGUUUUAACAGUGUUCUUUAUAAAUAUAAAUUAUUGUAUUCUCCAUGUAUUUUUGAAAAAUUUUGUACUAGAAAGUGGAAUAUAUUAUAUACAUUGUGUCUGAUCAGUUCUGGGCAAGUUUUGCCUAAGCAUGAUUUUGGAAGUGAAUUUUUAGGUUUUUCAUAUUUAGAUUUUUGGAACAUAACCAUUGUAAUAAUGUCCUAGCAUUUGAUUUUCAGGAAAAUAAAUACCAAUUUUUAAAUGCCUGCUGCCUAACAAUAACAAGUAAAUAUUUAGCUUUAGUCCAUUUUGCAGUUUUGUUUUUUGUUUUAUUCCAAGAUUAAACAUCUCAAGCAGAUGUUUAAUCCUUUAGUUACUAAUCUAAAAUCAGAAAGACAUCAAGGUAUAAGAGAGCAGAGAAAACCAGAUAUUUAAAUGCUUGUAACUAAGGAGGGCCACUGGAGUUAACUUAGAAUCACCUAAAUCUAGCUUGCUCAUUUAGCAGAUUUAAUAUGCGUAGGCUGAUUACUGAAAGUCUAGCCGUGGCAGUCUGAAAACAAUA